CUUCAAUGUGACCUUCCCCUUAUACACUCCCUUGGCGGUGGGAUUCGCCUUGCUAAGGAGCUCUUUGAGGAGCUCUCCUCGAGAGUCUACUUAAAUUAGUCCGCAGGAUACGGUAGUGCACGUUGUUGGCCUUCUUUGGUCCGUGUGCGUAAGCGUGCAGGAUGGCCCGUACGUUCUCUAGGACCUAACAUUUGCCAGACCCCAUUAAGGGUCAAUCCGAUCAAAGCUUUCUCUGAAGUUUGUCAUCUGCUUUGCUGCAUUGGUUUUGCUAGCACCUGUGGCAAGGCAUCUCAAGGUCUUUAGUACAAGUUGGACGUACCUACUUAGUUGCACCUGCUAAGGAAGAUGUUCGACUCCGAGGGAGCUGCAGGCAUUGUGCCGCCUAGGGAGAAGCCCGAGCCAAAUGGCAACGGCCCAAUGGAUCAGCGGGAACGUCCCAAGGCCGCUCCUCCCAAGGGCGUAGUCCGCAGCACGUUUGGGAUGCAGAUUGUGAACUGCGUGGGGGCUGCUUAUCCGAAGAUAGAGGCACUGCCUGAAGAGACUAUGCUCCAUCUGGGCCAGGAGAAGAAGACCGAAGCAUUGCCUGGAAGCAGCAUCAGGGCCUCCUUAGAUGCAUGGCGAGGCAGAAGCACUUCAGCCAGGCCUGGUUUGGAGGAAGAGGGGAAAAAGGGGAAAGCGGUGCCGCCUUUGUCUUGGAACAUGGGAGGGAAGCCAGCAGAAGGAGAGUGGGAGCGUGGUGCUGAGUCAGCUAAACCUGUGUCUAUUGCACUGGACAGUCUUUCCAGCCAUCCUGCACCCUUCCCUGAAGCCUCGGGGAAAUGCAAGAUGAUCCUGAAGAGCGGGAAGUUUGAGAUUGACGAGUACCGCAAUACUGAUGGGUCCGGCCGCAUUCGUACUCUUGAGGUCCAGCAUCUCAAGGGCAAAGAUGCAGUCGCAGAGCCAGAGAACGAGCCCAGCAGCUCAGCAGCGGGUCCUCAGGAGGACCCAGGUUUUGAGAAUGAGGCGCGGGCAAUUUUGAAGGUUGAGCAUCUGCUGGCAAACCAGUCCCCGGGUCUGCUGACUUCUGACCAGCAAGCUGGAGAGGGCUCUGGCCGGUGGAGCCAGGAAGGUGGAGAGCGGGGUUUGGAACAGGGUUUAGAAAGAGGUUUCGAAAGGGGUGAGAGUCUAAGCAGGCAGGAGGACGGCGUAGGGUUUGCUCUGUUCAGGGAGGACAGUCUGAAGCUUUUUUCCAGCCAGUAUCGAGGGGUUGUUGCGCAGCCGCACGGCAAGUGGGGAGCGCAGAUUUACGACAAGCACGUGCGGUUAUGGCUGGGGACGUAUGACGCCGAGAUCGAUGCGGCGCGUGCUCACGAUCGGGCCGCCGUGAAGAUUAAGGGCAACGAUGCAAUGACAAACUUCCGGCCCUUGACGGUUGCUGAUCCGGAGGGGGCGUUCAUUGCCGGGGUUGGGAGAGACCAGCAUGUACUUGCUCAAGCGGAAGAGCUUGUUGAGAUGCUCCGUAAGCACACGUUCGACGAGGAGAUGGCCAACAGCGCCCGGCUCGGCCAACUGGCGGCCCGCCUCGAGUCUUUCCAGCAGCCCUCGCUCGACGGGGCCCAGAAGCGUCAGUUCCUGUUUGAGAAGGCGCUGACGCCCUCGGAUGUGGGGAAGCUGAACCGGCUCGUGUUUCCCAAGCACUACGCGGAGCGGUUCUUCCCGCUAGACCUUGACCAAGUCAGCGUCGGGCAGACGCUGCAGUUUGAGGACGAGCGGGGCAAGUUCUGGCGCUUCAGGUACAGCUACUGGAACAGCAGCCAGAGCUACGUGUUGACCAAGGGUUGGUCGCGCUUUGUCAAAGAGAAGGGCCUGCUCCCAGGGGACAACGUUGUGUUUGAAAAGGGCCACACUGGGCAGCUGUACAUAGGCUAUGCGAGGACCCAGUCCGGGGAGGGGGGCCCCGCCCUCCCUUCGCCCGUACCAUUCGGCGCGUCUCCCACACAGUCUAGCGCGUACGAGGAGAAGCCCUGCCUUCCGCAACGAGCAUGGCUCCACGGUUCCGCUCCCCUGGGGGGGUCCCCAGGGCCCCCAUCGAGCGCCCCCCGGUUGUUUGGAGUGACCUUGACCCCGUCCCUAGGAGACUCCGUACCGAGGCAACUUCUUCGGACGGGGUCGCUUCCGGUGAAGGCGUCUCUGAGCCCAAAGAGGCGGUUCGCAGCGGCGUUCGAUGGUGCGCCGGUCAACGAAGGCACAGCUAGGCAGCUGGCCUCGGUCCGUCGUGUGCUGAGCGAGGGGCAAACUAGGCUCGGGGGUUUGCUGGGGGGGGAGGAUGCGGAAGCCCGGCAACCAGACGAACGGCGGUUAUGGGGGGAGACGCUGAGGAACGGGUUUCUGGAGGUGGGGAAGCGGUUGGAGGGGCAGAGCGCACCUGGGGUUCUGACGCCGAAGGUUGAGGAGGAUGUGCGACCAGAUGGCGAUGGUGACGGGGGGGUUGAGGGGCCUGGUCUUGGCUUGAGAAUUGGCCCCCCGGAAAGCGAGGAGGAGCAGCGGCCACAGGUGAAGUGUUUCGUGGAGGAGUCGCCGUACGGAGUGGUCGUGGAUUUGAGUCAGUACAAGAGCACGCAACAGCUGAAGAAUGCGCUACUGGAUGCAACUCAUGGGCGGUUAGUGGUUUACCAGGACAAGGAUGGGGACAUGAUAUUGUUAGGGGACGAGGAGUGGUCGUUCUUCCUCAAGACGGUCAGCCGCAUCUUUAUUCGAAAGUAGGGAACGGUGGGGUACGUGUAGAUUGCGGUUUGAGCAUUGUGCAUGCUCGUGACAGUGAGUCAAAGGAGAUCAUGUUCUAUAGUCGGAGGCUGUAGGUAUAAGCAUCCAGUCGAGUAGCAUUGAGAGGCGCCCUUAGCAAGGUCGUCGUGGAUGCAAUUUGUCGAGUGUUUCGAUCAAGCCAUUUGCAGGUUCGAGAAAUUAUACACAUGCUAGCUUGGUAGGCAGAUAGAGUCGUGAAGGGAGAGGUUUUCUAGGAGCGGAUAGGCAUCUAGUGCACCAGUCAUUGGCCUUGGAACAAGGUUCUUGCAUGCAUUAUCCAAAUUUUGGAGCUUGGGCCAUCAAGGCUGCGGG